CUGAUAGACACAGACGAAAAUUAACCUCAAUCAAUCAAUCAAUCCGACGUCCGACGUAAUUGAAAUAAUUUUUCAUACUUUAUAAAUAUUUGAUAAUUUUCACGUUUUUAGUAGAAAAUUCAAAUUUUUUGGAGGUGAUUUAUAGCUUCAAUCAUUCAAUUUUGAUAAAUAUAAUUAACGUUCCUAAAAAAUAAUGUUAUCUUGUUGGCGGUGGACAAAGUGUGUGUUUUCAAAUUGUAAACAAGAUCAUCAUUGUUGGAAUGCAGAAAAUUGAUUUGUGUAAAAUAUUUAUUUUCUGUAAAAUUGUUAGUUUCAAAAUGGUUUUUAAAACCUAGUAACCGGCUCAUCAUAAUUAAUUUUUAUAUUAUUUGCUCAUUUGUUGAUAACUGGAUAAAGAGCCAAUAUCAAGGUGUAACUUUUUAGGUUAUGCUGGUUCAUAUUUCUGAUUGAAUUUCAAUUAUUUAUUGCGUUUUAUGAAUAAUCAAAUAGCAUAGAUUUGUUGUAAAUUAAACUGUUAAAAUUAAGUAAUAACUACGAAAUACUACAAUUGAACUAGACUAACUAAAUUAGAUUAAGUAACUUACCAAAGACUGCUUGACCAUUUCAGAAAGUAGAAUCUGUAACCUAGUAAAAUACUUCAUUAACUAAUAUCUACAAAUAUACCUACAAUUUAAUUAUAUCGAAUUGAAAAAUUUUGGUGUAAUUUGAAAAUUUUUUAAGAAAAUAGAGGCAUAAUCUGUACCAAAUACAGUUUUCAAAAUGAAAAGAUCCAAGCCUCCUACCUCCGUAAAAUCUGAGCAGAAUUGGGGUAAAAUUUUGAAAGAUCAGAAUCUUCCUAAACCAGAGCAGAGAAGACUACCAUUGAGCACCCCAAAACAAAAGACUCAGACAACUCCAAACAGAGCACACCCUCCACAAAUGCUAUCUCAAACAAAAAGUGUCCAACAGAGCAGAAAUAUCAGACCGAUGACAAAUAAACCAGUAACAAGAGAUGCCAGAGAUGUUAGAAAAACCAAUUCAGGUCAUUCUUUCGCAGUUAGUAAAAAGAAAGAAUAUUUAUCUUCCAACUCAGAUUUGUCAGUUGGUGGUGAAUCCAUAGAACUCGUUGAACGUGGUGUGCAAUACUCUACAACCAACUUGGAGAAUCUGGACCCUCUAACUAUGGAUGAAAUUAAUAAUGGAGGAGAAAAUGGAUUAGCUUUUUUGAAUCCUGUCAGAACUCUCAACUUUCUGAUCAGAGAGUUAAGAGGAAAAAUAUCUGAGUCAACUCAAGAUGAAAACUUGGCCAGAAUUAUCAGUGACAUGGAAAAUACCGCUGGGCGAUUAUCUAAAAGUAAUGGCACUAAAGAUACUUCCAAUUCUUUAAUAAGCAAGGAGGAUUUGAAAUUCUUCCUUAAUAUCCUGCAGCGAACUGAAAAGGACAUGGACAUUGAUAAGGGAAGUCAGGAACUGCAGAAGAAACUGGAAGAAGCUUGUAAUAAACUAGAAGACAUGUGCCGAGUGAUGGAGAAAACUGCUAUUACGAAGCAGAAAGAAGAAAAACAAAAUUUAUUGAGUGAAUUGGCCAAAACUAAGGAAAGCCUAGCUGCAGCUGAAAAAGAAAUUAAGAGGCUGGGAAAACUUGACGCCGAAUUGAAAGAAGAGAAGCAGAAAAAUGAAGAGGUCAAACGCAAGAUUCAUGACAUGAAAGUCAAAUUCUCCUCAUUGAAUACAGUACUGAACGAGCAACUACUGGAAGUUAAAGACGAGAACAAGAAAUUGCAGAAAGAAGUGAAGUACUUGUUUCUUGAAAAAGAAAAGAAUAGUGUGCUAAUGAAGGUUAAGGACAAGGAAAUUGACAAAUUGAGAGCCAGCUUAGAAGAAAUCAAAACCCUGAUCAAAAGCCAACUGAGGACUUUCCAACGCGAGGAAAUGAAUGACGUGUGCAUAGCUGUUGACCAAAACAAGACCCUGAAACCGGUUGACAUGCUCAACGAUAUUUCAGUGUUGACGUGGAGUGACGAGGGUUGCCUGGUGGCGGAUCGCGCGAAUCGUGACCUCAAGAAAGUGGCCAGGUGUUCUUCGCCCGUGACCAGCAUCUCUCCAGCCGCCGAAGACGACGAAUCCUGGCGGCGAAUCAGCCAUCUACAUCCGGUCGACGUCAAAACCGACGGCAUCAAGAAAAGUGUCAAAAACCUUUUCGAAGAGAUGCGUAAACAGAGCAAAUUGCGUUUGUCGCUGUCCACGCAAAACCUACCCACAACCGAUGAUAAGUGUGCUAACAAUUGGAUCAACUUACCUGUAGCCGAUGAUAAGUCUGCCAACAAUUGGUUUGAUAAGAUCAACUUUGAUAUCAAUUCUUCGAAUAUGCUUACACUCACGGACACUGAAUCAAAUUAGUAAAAAUGUCUAUGAUAAUAGCAGCCUUAUAUGUUGAAACAAAUCUCUAAUAAUCUAAUAACAUUUUUGAACAAAAUUGAAAGGUGAACGUAUUAGCAUGUGGCCUUACAUAAUGUGAUAUAUAAUCGUUGAACGUGAAAUUUGUACCUGAAAAUUUUAUUGGUUAUUAUUUAUGUAUAUUUUUGAUAAUUCUGAUUAAAAUUGUAUGUUUGUAAUAGAA